AUGACAUCGAGAAGGGAAACAAAGCAAGUUCCUUUGACAUCGAAAAAGAAACUAAAGCAAGUUUCUUCAGCUGCUAAUCAAACAAUUGCUAAACAAUUUAAAAAUUCACUUAACGAUGAUAAUAAAUAUAGGAGAAAAUCUGUAGACUUUAAUUUACCCAAGAAGAGUGUCAAUAUAUAUCGUAACAUGUGUGAAACUGAACAACAGGAUACCAUUGAAAAUGGAGCUCUUCCACAUCAGCUUCCUGAUAGUCAAGAAAAAAAAUAUUUUGGUGAAAAUCGUAGCCAAGUAAUUGGAUGGGCGAAUAAACGUAAACCUUCGGACAAACCAAAAGUUGUUGAAAUAAGCUGUGAUAGAGACGCCUAUCUCAAACUUCGGAAUAAAGCCAAAAUUCGUCCUGAUCGACCAAAUCCAGAUAACGAACCAGGAAUUUCUAAGCACUAUUGGGGUCUGCCAGAUGACAAAUCAGGUUUGAUAAAAGAAAUUUAG